AUGCCGAAGCUGAAACAGUCCGAAAUCGUCGAUGUUCUCGGUGAACGAAACAGUGUCAUCGGAGUUGAUGCGAAAAAGGAGGCCAGCGACGAAGGUCUGAGUGAGCAUGGACACGAGCUCGAUAAUGGACCAAGGUAG